UUUGGGUGACCCCUAUUUUGGCUGUGGUGAACAGGAUCUGAUCCCAAGGACUGUUACCUCUGUUCUUGUCUGGUGUGAAGUGUAAGAAAAGCAAACAUGCCUUUCGGAAACACCCACAACAACUUCAAACUCAACUACAAAGUUGAGGACGAGUUCCCCGACCUGUCCAAGCACAACAACCAUAUGGCCAAGGUCCUGACCAAGGAGCUGUAUGGAAAGCUUAGGGACAAGCAGACCCCCAGCGGCUACACUCUGGAUGAUGUCAUCCAGACUGGAGUUGACAACCCUGGUCACCCCUUCAUCAUGACAGUAGGCUGUGUCGCUGGUGAUGAGGAGUCCUACACAGUCUUCAAGGAUCUGCUGGACCCCGUCAUCUCUGACCGUCAUGGUGGAUACAAGCCUGAUGACAAGCACAAGACCGACCUGAACUUCGAGAACCUGAAGGGCGGUGACGACCUGGACCCCAACUACGUCCUGUCCAGCCGUGUGCGUACCGGCCGCAGCAUCAAGGGAUUCACCCUGCCCCCCCACAACAGCCGCGGCGAGCGUAGGAUCAUUGAGAGGCUCUCCGUUGAGGCUCUUACCAGCCUAGAUGGUGAGUUCAAGGGAAAGUACUACCCCCUUAAAUCCAUGACCGAUGCCGAGCAGGAGCAGCUGAUCGCUGACCACUUCCUGUUUGACAAGCCCGUCUCCCCCCUGCUGACCUGCGCUGGUAUGGCCCGUGACUGGCCCGACGCCAGAGGCAUCUGGCACAACGAUAACAAGACCUUCCUGGUCUGGGUGAACGAGGAGGAUCACCUGCGUGUCAUCUCCAUGCAGAAGGGUGGCAACAUGAGGGAGGUGUUCAGACGCUUCUGCGUUGGUCUGACCAAGAUUGAGGAUAUCUUCAAGAAGCACAACCACGGCUUCAUGUGGAACGAGCAUCUUGGCUACAUCCUGACCUGCCCCUCCAACCUGGGCACUGGCCUGCGUGGUGGCGUGCACGUCAAGCUGCCCAAGCUCAGCACACACCCCAAAUUCGAGGAGAUCUUGACCAGGCUGCGUCUGCAGAAGCGUGGCACAGGUGGUGUGGACACUGCCUCCGUCGGUGGUGUGUUCGACAUCUCCAACGCUGAUCGUCUGGGCUCCUCUGAGGUGGAGCAGGUGCAGAUGGUGGUUGAUGGUGUGAAGCUCAUGGUUGAGAUGGAGAAGAAGCUGGAGAAGGGCGAGGCCAUCGACAGCAUGAUCCCUGCCCAGAAGUAAACUGGACACUGCUCCAGAGGAUUCACGUCUCCCUAGGCGUGCAGAGGAAACCGCUGCUCUCAGAGACUCUUGACUCUGCUCUCCUGUUUUACUUCCUUUCAGCCUUGUUUACCGUCCUGUGUCCUUUUUCACGUUCUUGUGUUGGUUGGUAACAUCCUGGGAUCAGCCUCCACUGAGCUAGGUUUGCCUGGCAUAAGUGGCAUCACCACCAAGUUUUUGUUGUAAAAAAUACUGAUUAUUGAAGCUGUUCAUAUUGCUCAAUAAAAUGUACCCCAAGUAACAACACAACAAA